UCUUUGCAGUGCCCUGACCUCCACCCCCGCGCGCUGUGGGCCGCGAUGGCUGGGCUGGGCUGCGGGCCAGCCUCCCGCGGCGAGCCAGACGUGGCGGGGGAGGCCCCGGCGCAGCUCGCGUUGCCGCCGCGGCUGCGGGUCUGCGAGCUCUUCGCGGGCAUCGGCGGGUGGCGCGUGGCGCUGCAGCAGGUGCUGCCAGGCUGUACCGACGUGGAGGUGUCGGCGUUCGAUUCCGGCCCGCAUUGCAGCGAGGUCUACGAGAGGAACUUCGGCGAGCGCUGCUGCAGGCGGAACAUCGAGCAGCUGGGGCCGGCGGACCUCGAGGGCUUCGACCUGUGGGUCAUGUCGCCCCCCUGCCAGCCCUUCACCGCGACCAAGGACGCCAGGCAGCGCGACCUGGGGGACAGGCGCUGCAGGGCCCUGGAGCACCUCUGCGCCCUGCUGCCGCGCCUCUCCCGGCCCCCGCGCUGGCUCGCCCUGGAGAACGUGAAGGGCUUCAUGCGCAGCGCGGCGCGCGCUCGCUGGCGCGGCGCCCUCGCGGCCGCGGGCUACUCCGACUGGGAGGUGCUCCUGGACCUGGCGAGCUUCGGCGUGCCCAACCACCGGACGAGGUACUACCUGCUCGCGGAGAGGUCGGGGCGCUUCGCGGCCGCGGGCCCCGACGCCUCCCAGGCGCCGCGCCCGCCUCCCGCAGGGCCUCUGCCGCCAGGGCUCGUCGCGCGCGGGGCCUGGGCCCGGGAGCGCCGCGCCGAGAUCGAGGAGGCCCACGCGGCCGCGCGCCAGACAGCCGACGCCGCCGCCAAGGAUGUCUCCUUCGCGCGCCUGCGCCGCCGCUUCUGCGCGGAGCUGGCGGGGCUCGUGCCCGCAGCGGCGCGGGCCCUCGUGGACGAGGAGGGCGGCCUGCUGGCCGGCGCGGCCGGCUGGAAGCUGCUGCCCCUGCCGCGCCAGGAGCCGGACGCGUUCAUGAUCACCUUCGACGCGGACCGCGCGGCCGCAGCGCGGCUGUUGCCCGCCCUCGCGCCCGAGGAGGGCGCCGGCGGAGUCGCGCCCGCGUGGGCGCUGUCCGAGGCGCCCGCGGGCGGCUGCCGGCAGAUCGGCGACUUCCUCGAGGAGGGCGCGCCGAACGUGCAGGACCUGCUGGUGCCCGCCGCCGUGCUGGCGAAGCCCUGGGCGCUCGGGCUGAGCUACGUGGAGCCGCAGGACGCGCAGAGCUUCUGCUUCACGGGGCACUACGGGAAGGUCAUGCACAAGUCCAGCGGCUCGCUGCUGCACCAGCCCUACGCCGGCGGCGCUCCCCUCGACAGGGGCGCCCCGCAGGCGGCUUGCGGUGCCGUGCGCUUCUUCAGCCCAAAGGAGAUCCUCAACAUCCUCGGUUUUCCCGUGGCCUUCACGCUCCCGCCGGACAUGGAGCUGAAGCACUGCUACAAGGUCGUGGGGAACUCCAUCGCCGUCACGGUGGUGGCCGACCUGCUGAGGGCGCUGCUGCUCGACAUCGGGCUGCCGAGGCUGGCGCGGAUGGGGCAGGCGCCGCCUCCGGACGAGGGGGGCGCCGUGAGCCCCCGCAUGCCCUGCCCGCCGCCCGCGGGCGGCGCGGAGCCGGGCGGGAGCUGAGCGCGGAAAGAGGAA